AUGAUUGCGAUCACGACGAUCCUUGUAUUGAUCUCGAUCGGAUUCAACGAUGGAUCAUCAACGAAAAUGGAAAAGAUGACAAUCUCGAAAACGAGUAUGGCCGACCUUAUGUCUUCUGCUACGGGUUACACGUACGAGCAAGGACAAGACUAUCCUGUGACCUAUGUACAUUACAAGUACAAUUAUGGGAACGGACAUUACUACGAUACGCCAUUGCAUUAUGGUAGUAGUGUGGGUACUGCAGCACCUGUUGCUGUAUCGGUUCCUCAAACGGCGGGUUUCUACGAAAAGCCUGUAAUCUCUUAUGCUUACGCAGGACAGAAGCCGAGUCUCUAUGUGCAACAGCAAUUGCCUUACAUAAAGUUGGGUAAUGAUCAUGUGACAGAACAAGGUGUCUACGUUGUUUCAGGGAAACCUUUGGCAUCUUAUCACGUGCCUGUGAGUAAUGAAAAAGUAGAAGUAGAAGAUGAUAAUCAAGAUCAUACCAAUGAGAAGAAUAAGGAAGAAGAUGACGAUGAAAAGGAGGAAUAUAACAAUGAACACAAAGACGAUGAUCAUGAAGAUGAUGACGAUGAGGGCGAUGAUAAUGACGACAGUGGAUAUAACGAUACUCAUGAAACUCAUUACUCCUCGUUUCCAUCGAAAGGAUUCAAGCAUGUUUAUCUAGAGCAUCCUCAAAAAAAUACUCUAAAAUUAUAUGAUAAAGAUCAAGGUGAUUUUGAUAGUUCCCAAGCAGACGCUGGAUCUUACCUUAAAACUGAAUCAGAUAAACAAUACUCCGAAGAAAAGCAUUCGUCUUACGGCGAAAAGGGUGAUAGUGAUCAUAAUAGCUAUGACAAGUUUGACAAAGGACAGAAAAAACUUUAUGAUACGGCCGAGAAUGCUGGCCACUACAAUCUAAAGGGUGGUCACAAAAAAGAACACACCGAUACAUCCAAUAUCUAUGGUCAACACGAUGACUUGGAGAAGGGUGAAGAAGGUGCCAAGCAUGAACACAGUUCGUAUCAUAAAAAAGGAGGAAAGACUAAUGGUUUCCACAAAGUCUAUCAUAAAGACGAAUAUAAAAAGAACACGGAAUUUUACGAUGAAAGCCACAAAGACGGGGAGGUCAGUAAACACUUUGCCUUCGACCAGCAUCAUAAUGCAAAAGAGGGUGAUUUUAAAAAGGGUUCUAAUCACGAUUCUGGCUUCGAUCAUUGGGAUAAGAUGAAGAAAGAUGAUUUCUAUGAGGGUCACGACAUUAGUCACAAUCAAGGACACAAUUCCAAAAAGGGCGAAGAUUCUUAUCAUAAAGAUUACUCUGAUUAUUUGAAAGAAUAUAAAAAAGAAGUAGGAAAGAAAAAUGGUUUUUCUAAAGCUCACAACGAUCAUUGA